AACCUUCUUCUUCUUCUUCUUCUUCUUCCUUACCUUUUUCUCUCUCUCUCUGUUUUUAAAUGGUGGGGUCUCGCUGCCCCUUCUUGAUAUUCGAACCGAUUUGAUCUGUGAACAAAGUGGGCAGCCUUUUUUUCUUUUUUUGAAUUUCAGCAACUGGGUAAGUUCUUCUUCUCAACAUUACUCUCUCUUCUCCCCUCCUUCAUUCAAAUGUUUCUUUUUUUAUAAUUUUAUUUUAACUUCAAUUCUUGUCUUUUUCUCUUCCUUUCUUCUGUUCAUCUUUUGUUGAUCCCUACCUGCCCUUUCUCCUCCUCUUUUUCUUUCAUUCUUUCACAAGGAUCUGUCAGAUUAUACCCUUUUUGAAUCCCAAAAGGUGACCCAUCUUCCUUCUUCUUUUUUAAGGUUUUGGAUUCAGUUUUUGUUCUUUACUCCUCUGUUUCUCGUUUUUUUUCUCUGUCUUUUCCUCUCCACCUUCAUCUGGCUCUUUGUGUAUCCUCCCCGGCUUUUUUCAUCUCUGAUUCGAACCCACAACUGUUUUAAACCCCACUUGAUUUUGGCUGUUUUUAUUGUGAAUUGAAUUUCUUUUAUUAGUUAUUUCUGUGUCUAGGAUUGUGUAGGAUUCCCAAUUGAGUUUAGUUUCUCUCUCUAGGAUUGUGUGUUGUAGGGUUAUUCAUUAGGGCCACUUGUGACUGUUUUUGGCUUCCUACUCAGAAUGGGGAAAGCUACAAGGUGGUUGAGGGCCUUCUUGGGAAUGAAGAGAGAGAAGAAUUCCGAUGAGAAUUCAUACUUACCCGCCGGUGAUAAAAAAGAGAAGAAUCGAUGGAGUUUCUCCAAAUCCGGAAAGGAAUUCACCGGAAAAGUUCAAAUGCUACCGCCACCGCCGCCGAGAAAAGCAGUGGCAGAUGCCGAUUGGCAGAGAUCUUAUCCUGCAGAGUCCGAGGAAGAUCGCAAUGACCAUGCAAUUGCGGUGGCCGCCGCUUCGGCAGUCGCUGCUGAUGCUGCCGUGGCGGCGGCCCAGGCGGCGGUGGCCGUUGUUAGGCUUACGAAUCAAACUAGAGGAAGUGCUCUGCUCAAUGGAGGGAAAGAGAUUAUGGGUGUUGUUAAAAUUCAAAGCGUUUUCAGAGGAUUCUUGGCAAGAAAGGCGCUACGAGCAUUAAGAGGAUUAGUCAAAUUACAAGCUUUAGUAAGAGGAUUUCUCGUAAGAAAACGAGCCGCUGCAACAUUAAUGAGCAUGCAAGCUCUAAUCAGAGCACAAACCACCGUCCGAUCACAACGAGCUCGUCGUCGUUCAUAUAACAAAGAGAACAAAUCCCAACCAGAGAAAACCCCAGAGAAUGACAUCAGAUCUCUUUACUCCGACGAAACAGAACAUCCAAAAAUCGUGGAAAUGGACACAAUGUUCAAAAGACCCAAAUCAAGAUCCCGUCGAUUCAACAGCUUGGUAUCGGAGCUGGGGGAAGAGCGGCCGUCGCCAUACUUAUGGACAAUGGCGUCGCCGGCGAGAAUUUCAGGAGGGGAGUGGUGCUUGGGGGGAGGAGAGGAAUAUGGGAGGAUGUCGACGGGGACGGCGCAGAGCACGCCACGAGGGGGGAGGUGCCGGUGGGGGGCGGUGGCGACGCCGGGGAGGAGCGUGUACGGAGAAGGGUAUUAUGGUGGGUAUGGGAAUUAUUAUCCGAAUUACAUGGCGAGUACGAAAUCUUCAAAGGCGAAAUUGAGGUCUCGGAGUGCGCCGAAACAGAGGCCGGAGAUAUGGACGAAGAAGAGAGUGGCGUUGAAUGAGAUAAUGGGGGCGAGGAAUAGCAUUAGCAGUAUUAGGAUGCAGAGAAGCUGUAAUGGAAUGGAAGGAGAAGAAGGGUUUGAUGAAUUUUGAGGACUUCUUUUUUCUUUUUCUUUUUGAGUGUUAAGAAACAGAGUGUUCUUUGUAAAUUCAGCAUUUCUUAAUGAGAGUUUAAUUUUAUUUUUAA